AUGGAUAAUGCUAUACAAAAUUUGUGCUUAUUCAAUUUCCGGGAAGAAAUCAAUCAGGCUUUAUUAAAAGGACAACCAGAAAGUGUUUUGGAACAAAUUAUAUUAAAAUAUAUUGAUGAAUAUAGAAAAUCAGAAAAAAAUAACACAGAAAAAGAAGAACCAGAAGAAUGUGGUAUUUGCUUCGGUGAAAUAGAUAAUUGUUAUACUAUUCCUGGGUGUGGACAUAAAUUCUGUUUUAGUUGUGUUCAAGAAACCGUUGAACAAGCACUUAAUGAUAAUAAUGUAGAAGUUCAUUGUCCACAAGCUGGAUGUAAUUCAAAAAUACCAACUUCAGAGUUAUAUGCUAAAUUCUUUACGCCAGAAAUGUGUAGUAGAUUUACAGAGAAUUCAAGAAGAGUAUUUCUAAUGGCACAAAAAAAUUGUAAGUUCUGUCCUAAAUGUGAAGCAGGGUUAUUAAUGACAGAUAACAAAUUAAAAGUACAAUGUCCUAUUUGUAAUACCUACUUUUGUACUAAUUGUUUAUGUGAAUAUCAUGAAGGUAGUACUUGCGAACAAUAUCAAAAAUGGAAAGCUGAAAAUGAUAAAGCAGAUGAAAUGUUCAAAGAAUUUCUUAAAACACAUGGAGAAUGCCCAGAAUGUCAUAUGGCAUGUGAACGUAUCAGUGGAUGUAAUUAUAUUAAAUGUGUUUGUGGGUGUGGGUAUUGUUAUAAAUGUCAUAAAAAAGUUAAACAUUUUUCUCCACACAUUUUACAGGCUAAUUGUUCUCUUUCAGGUGAAGGUCGUGAUUAG